GACAGUAUUGUAGUUUGACGAACAUGUUAAAGAUCGCGCUUAGAGUUCUGCCCCUUAUAUUGGGCAUUUGCGGUACGCUCGCCCAGGGAUAUAUUCCCUCCGCUUUGGUUCGCUGUUCAGUGGAUGAUAAGAACUGCUUUAAAACUCAAGCGGAGCAAUAUGUGAAGUAUUACAAAAAUGGAAUUCCGGAGCAUGGUAUUCCGGGCGUGGAGCCUUUAGAAUUGGGAGCACUGAACUUUCGGCUUGGCAACGCAAAUAGCCCGUUACAAAUGGAAUUGGAGGCAACUAAUGUUGCUGUCGCAAACUUUGGCAACGGCCUGAUCGUAGACAGCUUGCAGAUUAAUGCCUCUGCCACGGAUCUUACCACACCCUUUAAUGUGAUCUGGAAAAUAAGUUUCCCCGAGCUGGAUAUCAAUGCCGAUUACACGUUGAAGGGCAAAUUUCUUAUCUUGCCCAUGAAUAGCAAGGGUAAGCUGAAAGCCAAGCUGAGCAAAGUAGUGGUCACUGCUACUUGUUUUAAUCAGCCCGAGAAGCGUAAAGAUGGCAACACGUACUUAAAGAUCGUAAAGAUCGGCGCAACAGAAUCCAUUGGCAGCAUCAAGAUAAACUUCACGAAUCUAUUCAAAGAUGCGGAACUGAAUGAAGCAACUGUGAAGGUGUUCAACGAUGAAUUUUCGACAUUCGAGGGUGAGAUCAAACCGAAGUUAAUGAACGCCAUCACACGUAAAAUGAAGUCCGUAUUGCAAAAGCUCUUCGAUGUGAUGCCUUAUGAGGGUUUGUUCCUCAAUAAAAAAGUAAAAUAAUGAUAUAAAGAA